GUGACGUGUAUGACAAAAAAUUUGGUACAUGCUGCCUGUUUGUUGACCUCUAUUUUGAAAAUGAAAAGUAUCUUGUUUUAGUACAUACCCAAUUAAUUUAAUAGUUAUUACAAUGAGUGCUACACCUUGCAUCGCUGGUUUGACCAAUAAAAACAUAUUCUUGGUGGAUUUCAAAGAACCAUAUGCAGAGAAAAAUCUCAGAGAUGAGGCCACUCUCAAUAUACGAAGCAUUAUAUUUAGCCCUAAAGGCACAUACCUUGCAUACAGAACUGAUAAAAAGGCAGAAAUAGUGAAAUGUGCAGACUGGUCAGUGGCAGCUACCAUAGAUGGCAACGUAAAAGAUAUGUUCUUCUCCCCUCUGGACACCUAUUUUAUGGUGUGGGAAAUGUUUUUGCUGACUAAAGAAAACCCUGAGGGCAAAUGCAACCUUCAUGUUGUAAAAUCAGCAACUGGAGAAAACAUUGGAUCAUUUAAACAAAAGAAUCAGACCGGCUGGGAACCACAAUGGUCAUCGGAUGAGAAACUCUUUGCCCUUCAAAUGAACAAUAUUAUAUACAUCUAUGAGGAUGGAAAACUGGAGCGCUACACAAAACAGAUCAAAGCAGAAAAGCUGAAGUCUUUCAGCAUCUCUCCUAGCCCUGCACCCACUUACUAUUUUGCUGUGUUCUCUUUGGGCAAACAGGACCAGCCGUCGUUCUGGCGCGUGUUCAAGUAUCCAGAGUUUGACACCAGCAAUGCAGUUGUGAGCCGCUCCUCGUUCCAAGCUGACAAGGCCACCUUCCACUGGAAUAGACGAGGCACCAACAUCUUUGUUAUGACCCAGACUGAUGUGGACAAGACUGGCGGAUCUUACUAUGGAAAGCAGUCGUUGUCACAUGGCGAUGUAAAAGGAAACUCGGGAAAUAUGAGUUUUAGCAAGGAAGGUCCAAUCCACGCGAUCUCGUGGAACCCCGGCAACUGGAACGAAUGGGUGGCGGUGUACGGCCACGCGCCGGCCAAGGCGACGCUGUUCAACGCGAAGUGCGACCCGCUCUUUGAAUUUGGAACAGGAUCGUGGAACGCCAUCUACUUCCCACCAGACGGGCAUUGCGUUCUACUAGGCGGGUUCGGUAACAUAGCCACAGGCAGCAUAGAAGUAUGGGACAUGCGUGGCUACAAGAAGAUCGGGUCUUGCGCAGCGCCCGACACCACGAGUCUGCAGUGGGACCCUCGAGGGGAGACCUUUCUCACCGCCACUACUUAUCCCAGGCUCACUGUUGGGAACGGGUACAAAAUAUGGCAUUACACCGGAGCUCUCAUGCACAAGCGUGUAUGCCAAGAGAAAGAAAACCUACUGAGUAUCUCUUGGCAACCAGGAAACUUCCCUAAGAGCGAACUAUCCAGGGCUCCACCGAAGGCCAUUGAAGACUCGACACCAAAGCCGACCGCGGCGUACAGACCGCCCGGCGCUAGGAAUAAGCCGUCUACGUUCACGUUACACGAACAUGAGAAACCACACAAGCCUGGUGAAAAUGUUAGCGCUGCUCCGUCCAAGCAAGCUAUCAAGCAAAAAGAAAAGCGCGAAGCCCGUAAAGCGCGAAAAGCCGAAGAACGCGCGAAGGGAGAUGCGUCCCCUCCGCCGCCGGCGACCACGCCUCGCGCGCCUUUCGUCUCCACUGGGGACCCGGAAAAAGACAAGAAGAUCAAGAACCUUAAUAAGAAACUGAGCGACAUCGACAAGCUGAAGCAACAAAAAGCCGCUGGAAAAACGCUCGAACUGAAUCAGCUCGAGAAAAUCAAGAACGAGCCAGCUUUACUCCAGGAGUUGGCGCAACUGCGGUUAUGAUCUCAACAAACAAACGAAACUGACCUGUAAUGUUACAGUAAGACGGUAUAUAUCCCCUUGGACAUUGCAUUUUUUUAGUUUAGUUAGAAAUGUCGCUAUGCGUUCUCUUUUUUAUAAACCUGUUGCAUUUUU